AAGAACGAAACAAAAGAAAUGAAAAUAUAAAACACCAACACUCCAUUCUCCAACAUCAUCUGCAUCUCAUGAACUACCUAAUUUUGUGAUCCAUACAUAAAUAUAUAUAUUUUUAUAUAUUUAUAUAUACACACAUAUCUCAUCAGCAGCAGAUCAGACUCUGAUUCAUUCCUUGGACUACUGACCAAUCAAGAUUUCCCUGGAUUUGACCUAAAACCUUGGUUCAUAUACAUACACACAUAUAUAAAAAUAGAUGUAUGUAUAUGUUUAUAGAUGUGAAUUUGAGCAUGUGUUGAGGGACUGAAGAGAUGUUGUUGAAGAUUUAUCAGAAACCCUAAUUUAAAGAUUAACUAAACCUAUCAGCCAUGGACUGGAUUCGAAACUCUGGACCUUCUUUUCACCAGUCCCAAGGCUGAGCUUGCUUAAUUUAGUUCUGUAGAGGGCUUGAGCUGGUUAAUUUGUUUUGUGGUUGUAGUGAAAUUAUAUUUAUAGGAAUAGGUGGUGUGAAUUGGAGUUUACUGAAAUUGGUUUGGGAGUUGAUACGAAGUUGAGCUUGGAGUAUAGGAUAGUCCACUAGUUUUGGCAUUUAUAAUCGGUCAACAGUCAAGUCAAUAUGCAUGCAAGAAAUCGUGUGCCUGGGAAUGGGUACAGGUCUCCUAUGGGGAUGGGGGGUGUUGGUCCUGCCUCUCGGAUUUCACCUGAGGGGGGAGGUAGGGGCAAUGCAAUGUACAAUUCUGAGUAUCGAGGUUAUAGUCGUGGUUUUGGUCGAGGUCAGACAAAGCCUUUUCAACCGCCUCAGCCCCGCAAAGGUGAUGUUUUUACGGAAGCAGGACGAUUAGCCACAGAGUAUUUGGUAUCCAAGGGGAUACUUCCGCAAAAUGUAUAUUCUGGAAAGUGGCAGAAUGGUGGUCUCAAAAAUCUGGUUGGCAACUUGCAGGGGCAGCAGGGCCUUAGGCCACAAGAUGGGGAUUCUCAAACAGAGAGCCGCCUGUCAGCUCUUGGCCGUUUGGGAGAUGCUGGUAUUAAUGACAUGGGGACUAGUAGUAAAAGGAGGUUUCCUGAUGAAUAUAAUACAGCAGAUUCCAGAGAUCACAUUAGAGUAAAGAAAAGAAUGGAAUCUUUCAGGGGUAAUGGCUCUCAGCGGAACCAAGAACUGGGAAGAAGUUCUUCUUGGUCAGAAAAAUCAGGGGUUUCUGCGGAUAAGAACAACAAUGAUGAUGCUUUCAAUGAAUAUCAGGAAGAGAAACAAGCAAGUAAAGAAAGUGUCAGCGGAGAGCAGAAGUCACAAUCUGGUGAUGUAGCAUCGAAACAUUCUAAUUCUGGCCCUUCAGAGUCUCCACAUGAAAAAAACCAGGUGACAGAUGAUGUGGCCUUGAAGGCAUGUUCGUCAAGUACUGGUAUAAUUAAUCCAUGCGCCUCUGAUCCUGACCCUAAGGAAAAGCCUAAGGAAAUAAAUAUUACAAAUCUAGGCAGUGGAGAGGUCAAGGGCGGUAAUUGUGAUAAUGAAACAGAGAAGCAAGGCGUGAUAGAGGAAUCCCUUGUCCACCAUUCAGCAGAAGAUAAUCUUGAAAGCAAGAAUGGAAGUAAUCUACUAAGGCUAUGUACAUUUGCUAAAGUGCCCACCAGAACUCGUUCUUCAUUGACAACAAAGGCUUCUAAAGUGGGAUCACUUGCAAUUACGGAAGAUGCAAACACUAAUGACGGUGGACUUUCCUUAGUAACCGGAACUUCAGUUGAAGCUCAGCACAUUAGUGGUCCUUCAGGUAAUGGUUCAUCUAACCAAACUUGGGACUUGAAAGUUGAUCCAGAUGCUUCAAAUCUGCAAAAAGAUGCUGCAGAUCUGGGUACUGGGCAUGAAAUUGAACAAGGAAAAUGCACAAGAUCAAGAUCCUUUCCGGACAGAGCCCUCAUAAAGGAGGAAGGAUUGAAUGAAUGGGCUGGUGGUUAUGGCAGAUCUAACACCAUGGAUUCAUGGAAAGGUGAGAAAGGAUCCAUGCAACACAGUGAUAGCAAGGAUGGCUACAAGGUCAAAGAAUGGGAUCCUAUGAUAGAUGCUCAGGUAGAUUUGUACAAUUCAAACUCGGUGCAAAAUUCAAAGGGCUUAGUUGAAGGAAUGCAUUCAUCCAGUGAAGAAGUGACCGUAGCUGCUGAGCAGAAAGAGUUGUUGGAUAUAUCUUUGUCUCAUAGUGGAGUUGUUAAAUCUGAAGCUGAAUGUACAGAAGAGAAGCAGCUAAUGUCUGGUUCAUUUAAAAUAUGUGAUCUUAAUCUUAUGGGGGCUUCUGAUCUGCACGAUAAUCAUGAUGAUCACCCGGUUCUUAUAUACCCAUCUAAUUCAGAAAAAAGGAAAAGUGAAGCAGGACAUGUUGAUGUCAGUUUGUCAAUGAGUAACAACUGCAUUACCCCCGAAAAAUUUUCUAGACGUGGAGCUAAUGGCGAAGAGGUUGAGGUGAUUGAUUUGGAAAAUGACUGUAUACAAGACAUGGCCUUGAAUAAUCCAAAUCAGAAGGAUGAAACUCUAUUCACAGGCCUGGAUAGUUUGACAAGUAAUACGCAGAAUGUUAACGAUAUUUCUGGAGUUCAGGAUGGUUAUGGACUUAUGAUAUCUGAAUUACUCGGAAAUGAUAUGCCUAACUGUUCUUCGGUGCCAGCGGAUGUUAAUUCUUUACAUAAUGAUAUGGGUCUCAACAAUGGAGAGGGGAUUCUUGGCGAUGAUGAUUCGAUUUACAUGUCGCUGGGGGAGAUACCAAUAAGCUUUUUGCGAGGUUGGGAGCAGCAGCCACCACAGGAGUAUGAUAAACCAUUUUAAAUUGCUCAAACAUGGCAGGAAUGUGAUGUGGUACAUUCAGAACUAGUAGAAAUUGAAAUUUAGGCACAAUAGUGGUGUAUCCUAGAACAAUCUUGGUCAAUUUUAUUAGAUUUGUCAUCUGGAUUAUAUAUCCUGUGUACGAGUUUGCAUGCAUGCAUCACUCAUCAGUCCUAAUGUAAUGAAUCAGUUGUUUUUUGUUGUUGCUGAUGCACUUGGUUGUUAUGACAGCAAAAUAUAACUAUAUGAUAUAAUGGUUAUCUCUGGGUGAUAA